AUGCCUGAGCAAGAGAACGAACGUCCACAACUUGCAAAGCCAUCCACAGCCAAGUCUCCUGAGGAUGGGAGUGUCAGUGUCAAAAGACCUGCGAGAGUUGACAAGAGAAAGAACCGGUAUCCAAGUCCUUCACCUCGGGGUCGCGAUGCCAGAUGGUUGGCCCUCUGCGAGCAGUCGCGUAGAGCCGCCAGGACCGAGGGGUGGACUUUUGAGGAGUUUGAGAAGCAGUGUCAGAAAAGCACCGAGGUUAUUCGGGCUCUGGAAAACAAGUAUAAAGAGCUUCACGCAACGAUCGAGGCUCUUCAGAGGGAGCUGAGAGGAGGGUCCAACAGUGUAGACCAAAUCUGA